AUGGAAGGUCCAGUACGACGUAAGAUUGUGAUUGUAGGUGAUGGGGCAUGUGGGAAAACGUCAUUAUUAUAUGUCUUUACCCUUGGGGAGUUUCCCACCGAAUAUCACCCUACAGUGUUUGAGAAUUAUGUAACUGAUUGUCGAAUUGAUGGUAAAGCAGUCCAAUUAGCAUUAUGGGAUACUGCAGGACAAGAAGAAUAUGAAAGGUUGAGGCCGUUGAGUUAUCAUAACUCCCACGUCAUAUUAAUUGGAUUUGCUAUCGAUGUUCCUGAUUCUUUAGAUAACGCUAGAACAAAAUGGGUUCAGGAGGUGAAAAAAUAUUGUGCUAAUACCCCCUUUUUAUUAAUUGGUUUGAAGAAAGAUUUGAGAUCCAGCACCAGGGAUCGCACUAGGUUUGUUCAGUAUGACACCGGCCAGCAAGCUGCCAAAGAAAUCGGGGCCAAACAGUACUUAGAAAGCAGUUCGUUGACCGGGGAAGGGGUCGAUGAUAUUUUUGAAUUCGCUACCAGAACCAGUUUAUUGGUGAAUGAAAAAUCAAAAACCUCUUGCUGUCGCAUUAUAUAA